AUGAGGCUGAUGGAUGGAGAGAAAGCCCAGGAGACCAUAGCCCUUACGAGAGGAGCCAAAGGACUAGCCCAGAGGGUCACGGGCUCGGCCUGGGCCCCUGCAAGGUUAGAAGUGGAGGAGUGGCUAGCAGGCACCUUUGUCUGCUCUUUCCUGGCUCGGCCGGGGCACCGUUCGCACCGGGGCGGGCCGGCAUUGCCCGUUUGCAAAGCGCACGGCCGUGGCCAGGGCGGCGCGGCCAGGAAGCGGGAGGUCAGCAGCGCAGGCGGCCCCCUCCUCCGGGAGCCGUGCCAGGUCCCCGCCAGGGCCGGGCCGGAGCGCUAUUGUUUUUGGCGAGCCCAUAAAUCCCCGCCGCGACCCUCGGGGCACCCAGGCUUCCUCCCGGAGGCCAUUCAGUGUCCCCGGAGGCCCUAUAUAGAGGCCCGGGGCCCGGGCCGAGCAGAGGUGCGCACGGACUCUGGCUGCUGCAAGCCUGGGCUCCGAGCGCCGCUCGAACCUCCGAUCGCCGCCACCCGAGGCGUCCCGGGAGGUGCCAGCGUUCGAACAUUCACUCCAUUUUAUUUCCUGGUGGAGCCAGUGGAUACCCUCUCGGUUCGAGGCUCUUCCGUCGUGUUAAACUGUUCAGCCUACUCUGAACCUUCUCCCAAGAUUGAAUGGAAAAAAGACGGGACUUUUUUAAACCUAGCUUCAGAUGACCGACGCCAGCUUCUUCCAGAUGGCUCUCUAUUUAUCAGCAAUGUGGUACAUUCCAAACACAAUAAACCUGAUGAAGGUUACUACCAGUGUGUGGCCACAGUUGAGAGUCUUGGAACUAUCAUCAGUAGAACAGCCAAACUUACAGUAGCAGGUCUUCCAAGAUUUGCCAGCCAGCCAGAACACUCGUCUGCGUAUGUGGGGAACAGUGCGAUUCUGAAUUGUGAAGUGAACGCAGACUUGGUCACAUUUGUGAGGUGGGAACAGAACAGACUGCCCCUUCUUCUGGAUGAAAGAGUGAUCAAGCUCCCAAGCGGCACGCUGGUCAUCAGCAAUGUGACUGAAGGAGAUGGGGGGCUUUAUCGCUGCGUAGUUGAAAGCGGUGGGCCGCCCAAGUAUAGUGACGAAGCCGAAUUGAAAGUUCUUCCAGAUCCCGAGGUACCCUCAAGCUUGGCGUUUUUGAAACCACCGUCUUCCUUAGUCAGAGUCAUUGGUCAGAGUGCAGUGUUGCCUUGUGUUGCUUCGGGACUUCCUGCUCCAACCAUUAGGUGGAUGAAAAAUGAAGAGGCACUUGACACCGAAAGCUCUGGAAGAUUGAUAUUGCUGGCAGGAGGGAGCCUGGACAUCAGCGAUGUCACUGAGGAUGAUGCUGGGAUUUAUUUUUGUAUCGCUGAUAAUGGAAAUGAGACCAUCGAAGCUCAGGCAGAGCUUUCAGUACAAGCCCAACCUGAAUUCCUGAAGCAGCCUGCCAAUAUAUAUGCCCAUGAGUCUAUGGAUAUCGUAUUUGAAUGUGAAGUGACUGGGAAACCGACCCCAACUGUGAAGUGGGUCAAGAACGGGGAUGUGGUUAUUCCAAGCGAUUACUUUAAGAUCGUUAAGGAACAUAACCUUCAAGUUUUGGGUCUAGUAAAAUCAGAUGAAGGAUUCUAUCAGUGUAUCGCUGAGAAUGAUGUGGGAAAUGCACAAGCUGGAGCCCAGCUGAUAAUCCUUGAACAUGAUGUUGCCAUCCCAACAUUGCCUCCCACUUCACUGACCAGUGCCACUACUGACCAUCUAGCGCCAGCCACCGCGGGACCACUGCCUUCGGCUCCCCGGGACGUCGUGGCCUCCCUGGUCUCUACCCGCUUCAUCAAACUGACGUGGCGGACACCUGCAUCAGAUCCUCCUGGAGACAACCUCACCUACUCUGUCUUCUACACCAAGGAAGGGGUUGCUAGAGAACGUGUUGAGAAUACUAGUCGCCCAGGAGAAAUGCAAGUAACGAUCCAAAACCUGAUGCCAGCAACUGUGUAUGUCUUUAGAGUUAUGGCUCAAAAUAAGCACGGCUCUGGCGAGAGUUCAGCUCCUCUACGGGUAGAAACACAGCCUGAGGUUCAGCUCCCUGGACCAGCACCUAACAUCCGAGCGUACGCCAGUUCACCGACUUCAGUCACCGUCACAUGGGAAACACCGUUAUCUGGCAAUGGGGAAAUUCAGAAUUACAAGUUGUACUACAUGGAGAGAGGGAUUGACAAAGAACAGGAUGUUGACGUUGCAAGUCACUCCUACACCAUCUACGGGCUGAAAAAAUACACAGAAUACAGUUUCCGGGUGGUGGCCUAUAACAAACAUGGUCCUGGAGUCUCCACGCAGGAUGUUGCUGUUCGAACAUUGUCAGAUGUUCCCAGUGCUGUUCCUCAGAACCUGUCCUUGGAAGUGAGAAAUUCAAAGAGUGUUAUGAUUCAUUGGCAGCCGCCGCCUCCAGCCACACAGAAUGGGCAGAUUACAGGCUACAAGAUCCGCUACCGGAAGGCCUCCCGGAAGAGUGAUGUCACCGAAACCCUGGUCACCGGGAUGCAGCUAUCUCAGCUGAUUGAAGGUCUCGACCGAGGGACUGAAUAUCAUUUCCGAGUGGCUGCUCUGACCGUCAAUGGCACGGGCCCCGCUACAGACUGGCUGGCUGCUGAAACGUUUGAAAGUGACCUGGAUGAAACCCGUGUUCCUGAAGUGCCUAGUUCUCUCCACGUGCGCCCACUUGUCACAAGCAUCGUGGUCAGCUGGACGCCCCCAGAGAAUCAGAACAUCGUCGUCAGAGGCUACGCCAUUGGUUAUGGGAUUGGCAGCCCUCACGCUCAGACCAUCAAGGUGGACUAUAAACAGCGCUAUUACACCAUUGAAAACCUGGAUCCCAGUUCUCACUAUGUGAUUACCCUGAAAGCCUUCAACAACGUGGGCGAAGGCAUCCCUUUGUAUGAGAGUGCCGUGACCAGGCCUCACACAGACACUUCUGAGGUUGAUUUAUUUGUUAUUAAUGCCCCAUACACUCCAGUGCCAGAUCCCACUCCCAUGAUGCCACCCGUGGGAGUUCAGGCUUCCACUCUGAGUCACGACACCAUCAGGAUCUCAUGGGCAGACAACUCGCUGCCCAAACACCAGAAGAUCACAGAUUCCCGGUAUUACACCGUCCGAUGGAAGACCAACAUCCCAGCGAACACCAAGUACAAGAACGCAAAUGCAACAACUCUGAAUUACUUGGUGACUGGUUUGAAGCCAAAUACACUCUAUGAGUUCUCUGUGAUGGUGACCAAAGGUCGAAGGUCAAGCACGUGGAGUAUGACAGCCCAUGGGACCACCCUUGAAUGGGUUCCUAUGUCCCCGCCCAAGGAUGUGACAGUCGUGAGUAAAGAAGGGAAACCCAGGACCAUCAUUGUGAACUGGCAGCCACCCUCCGAAGCCAAUGGCAAAAUUACAGGUUACAUCAUUUACUACAGUACGGAUGUGAAUGCGGAGAUGCACGACUGGGUUAUUGAGCCUGUUGUGGGAAACAGGCUGACUCACCAGAUACAAGAAUUAACACUCGACACGCCGUACUACUUCAAGAUCCAAGCCCGGAACUCAAAGGGCAUGGGGCCCUUGUCCGAAGCUGUGCAAUUCAGAACUCCGAAAGCGGACUCCUCUGAUAAAAUGCCUAAUGAUCAAGCCUCAGGGUCUGCAGGAAAAGGAAGCCGGCUGCCAGACCUGGGAUCUGACUCCAAACCUCCACUGAGCGGCAGCAACAGCCCUCACGGGAGCCCCACGUCCCCGCUGGACGGCAGCAUGCUGCUGGUCAUCAUCGUCUCGGUGGGCGUGGUCACCAUCGUGGUGGUGGUGGUGGUGGCCAUCUUCUGCACCCGGCGCACCACCUCCCACCAGAAAAAGAAGCGAGCUGCCUGCAAGUCCAUGAAUGGCUCCCACAAGUACAAAGGUACCUCCAAAGAUGUCAAGCCCCCAGACCUCUGGAUCCAUCAUGAGAGACUGGAGCUGAAGCCCAUCGAUAAGUCCCCAGACCCAAACCCCAUCAUGACUGAUACUCCCAUCCCCCGCAACUCCCAAGACAUCACGCCAGUGGACAAUUCCAUGGACAGUAACAUCCAUCAGCGGCGGAACUCAUACCGAGGCCAUGAAUCUGAGGACAGCAUGUCUACACUGGCUGGAAGGCGAGGCAUGAGACCAAAAAUGAUGAUGCCUUUUGACUCCCAGCCGCCCCAGCCUGUGGUUAGUGCCCAUCCCAUCCAUUCCCUCGAUAACCCUCACCAUCAUUUCCACUCCAGCAGCCUCGCUUCUCCAGCUCGCAGCCAUCUCUACCACCCGGGCAGCCCCUGGCCCGUUGGCACAGCCUUGUCCCUUUCAGACAGGGCCAAUUCCACAGAAUCCGUCCGCAAUACACCCAGCACUGACACCAUGCCAGCCUCCUCGUCUCAGACAUGCUGUGCCGAGCAUCAGGAUCCUGAAGGUGCUACCAACUCUUCUUACUUGGCCGGCUCGCAAGAGGAAGACUCAGGCCAGGGUCUCCCUACUGCCCACGUCCGCCCUUCCCACCCACUGAAGAGCUUCGCGGUGCCAGCAAUCCCACCCCCGGGGCCUCCCACUUAUGACCCUGCCUCACCAAGCACACCUUUGCUGUCCCAGCAAGCUCUGAACCAUCACCUGCACGCGGUGAAGACGGCCUCCCUCGGGACUCUGGGCCGGAGCCGGCCUCCUAUGCCCGUGGUGGUCCCCAGUGCGCCUGACGUGCAGGAGACCACGAGGAUGCUGGAAGACUCCGAGAGUAGCUAUGAACCAGAUGAGCUGACCAAAGAGAUGGCCCACCUGGAAGGACUAAUGAAGGACCUGAACGCCAUCACCACAGCGUGACGGCCGCCACCAGGACCCGACUCCACACCUGAGUCGAGAAGUCUGGGGACUUCGCCUUGAGAAGCAAGGGAUUGUACAGAGCACGAGAGGACAGCACUUGAGAACCCAGAGCGCCGGCGCAGACCAGAGCCAGUGCCGCGGCGCCACAGGGCGGGGCGGGCUCCGGGCCUGGCCCCUGCCUUCUCCUGGCCAGCCUGCAAGGAGCCCGGCGGGCCAGCUCCCCCUUGCCUGCUGAGACCCCGCAGGACUGGGCACCAUGGGCCCAAAGUCCGUGUCCAGGGAAGAGGCCAGACAGCGCCUGCCGUUCCCUCUGUGGUCGAACGGAGUGUCGACGUUGGCACUGAUGUACAACUUGGUGUCCCGUUGUAUUUCACGUGUAAAACAGAGAGACCCUGUCGUGAGCCAAGGCCGCCAUUAUCCGUCUGUCCGUCUGUCCGUCGUCGGCAGAGUUCUUUCUCCCCAGCGGCUGGCGGGGACUGCUUGUUGCGGUUGGUAUGGAAAAGUCGUCGCCGACGGUCGGAGCGGUUCCAGGGUUGGCUUUGUGGUUUUGCUUUCGUUUUGAUUUUUAAUUCCGAGUCGUCGCAUCCUCUACCAGCUUUUAACCAUCGCUUUAAGGGGGAGGAAACAUUGCGUUGCUGUUUGUAAGCUUUUUUUAUUAUUUUUUUAUUAUAAUUAUUAAAGGCCUGACUUUUCUCCUCUCA